AUGACGACGUACAUCCCAGCCAUCACAAUCCCUACAAACGUGUUUCUAAAUCCCGCCUCCUCCAUCCUCCUUCCCAUCGCAUUGGGCACUUCCGUUGGUUUUGGAACUCGACCCUCCAAGGCGCAAAAGAAAUAUCUUGAACUGAAGCAACCUCCCUUACACCCUCCGCCAUGGGUCUUCGGCCCAGUAUGGACCGUUCUCUACGGUCUCAUGGGAUACGCCGCCUACCGUGCUACAUUUACCGGCCUCUCACCUUUCUCUUCUCCACAGACCAUCCAGGCAACUAAGCAUAGCAUGACCGUUUACACCAUUCAGCUCGGCCUCAACCUCGCCUGGAUGCCGCUCUUCUUCGUCGCCAAACGCCCAAUCGAAGCCACCGCCGACAUUGUCGUCCUGCUGGGUCUCAAUGGAUAUCUAGCUUCUCUUUGGGGAUCUAUCGACCAAGUUGCGGGCUGGUGCCAAGCUCCAUACAUCGCAUGGCUGGGCUUUGCAACGUAUUUGAGCGCUGGCGCUGGAUACCUCAACGGCUGGGAUUUGGCCGACAAGGAGACUAUCAGAGUCGAUGAAAAGCAAUAG